AGCCACCGCGGCCACACGUCACUCCGCACGCGCCAACUCUUUUUAUUUAUUGCAGUUUCGUCCAUUUACUUUUAUUCCGUUCCGCCCUCCCCGCUAUCUUUUACUGUAUUUAGCGCGCGAGCGUUGACGCGAAGAGGUCAGCCAUGGACCCGGAGACACCCCGCUCCGUUCAGUGCCGUUCACUUUCCCGGCGCGUUAAAGUUAAAUCAGGAACUUCUUGAACACUAUGGCGUGCUCCGGUCUCCCUGCAGAGGGAUGGCAAGCUCGCGCGGACCGCCGCCGGACCCUUGGAGGCUCGCGCCCAAACUUGUAGGCAUGCUGUGGCUGGGUGUCGCGUGCGCUUUCCUCCUCUACUUUCUGCGAUGCUGCGAAUCGGAAGUGACGGAAAGUUUCGGCUUAGAGACGGCGCUCGGAGCGGGACGCUACGCUGAGAGGAACGGGACGGUCAGUGUCGGCGCAGACGCGCGCAGGAGGACGAAGAGGAGCGCGGGAGACGGUGCGGAUGAGGAGCGCUCGGUCAGGGAGAAGGACUGGAGGGGCGCGCGCAGGCUGCCGCACGCGCUUAUCAUCGGUGUGAAGAAAGGCGGCACGCGCGCGCUGCUCGAGUUCCUGAGGCUUCACCCGGAUAUCCGCGCGCUCGGAGCCGAGCCGCAUUUCUUCGACCGGCAUUACGCACGCGGCCUCACCUGGUACAGAAGCAUGAUGCCCAAAGCGCUGGAUGGCCAGAUUGUGAUGGAGAAAACACCACGGUACUUUGUUACACCCGAGACACCGGCUCGUGUCCAUGCCAUGUCAAGAGAAGUGAAGUUGAUCGUGGUGGUCCGUGACCCCGUAACCCGCGCUAUCUCGGACUACACUCAGAUCGCUUCCAAGACGCAGGGCAUUGCCAGUUUUGAAAGCCUGGCUUUUAAGAACAGGUCAUCAGGUCAGGUGGACUCUCUGUGGAGCCCACUCUACAUCGGCUUGUACGCUCAGCACCUGGAGCGCUGGCUCGCUUAUUUCCCUCUGUCCCAAAUCCACUUUGUCAAUGGCGAGCGGCUUGUCAGCGAUCCGGCUUUCGAGCUGGGCCGUGUGCAGGACUUCCUGGGCCUGGAGCGCAUUAUCACAGACAAGCAUUUCUACUUCAACAAGACCAAGGGCUUCCCCUGUUUGAAGAAAGCUGAGGGCAGCGCUGAGCCACACUGCUUGGGCAAAACCAAAGGCAGGACACACGUGCGUGUCGAACCUGACGUCAUUCACAACCUAAGAGAUUUUUACCACCCGCACAAUUUGAAGUUCUACCAAAUGACUGGAAUGGACUUUGGUUGGAAGUGAUGUUUGUUUUUUUCUCCCCUCAGUCCAGGCACUCAGCCUCACUCAUGCAAAGCAGCACAGGAGACUGUGGAGAGUAUAAUUGCUCAUCAGUGUGAGUUAGUGCUCACAUCCAUAGUGGAAACUCUGGGUGAGGUAUGAGUCAUGCACUCUGAUCAAGGGUAAACGAUUAUGUGAUCAAAUGUGCAUUUGGUGAUGGUUUUAUUAAGGCAUCUUAAGUGUCGGGCUUUAGGAUGACAACAAAAAAAAAAGACAAACAAUAAUAAAAAAAAAAACCCUGAGUAUAUGGUCUGAGUACUUUCAGACCACAGUGGAAAGUGUUCAGACUCCAGGAAUUGUAAAAUACUGUAAAAGAAGCUGGACUGACUGGCACCAUCAAGUGUUAAAGCUACUCCAGUACUUUCCACAGGAACUGGAACUGUGUAAAAAAAAAAUCAAGCUGGUCCACGGGCUAGCUGAGAUAAGCUGAAACUCUUUUGAUCAAAUGAUCCAAAUAGCCAUGUUUUAUACUAUUAUUAUAUUGCAGAUUUGUGAUAUGAAGUAUCAUAAAGAACAAGGAAGUAAGA